CGCGGGAAGAUGGCGGCGGCGGCGGCGGCCGCGGAGCAGCAAAGUUCCAAUGGUCCUGUGAAGAAGUCCAUGCGUGAGAAGGCUGUUGAGAGAAGGAAUGUCAAUAAAGAGCACAACAGUAACUUUAAAGCUGGCUAUAUUCCAAUUGAUGAAGAUCGCCUCCAUAAAACGGGACUGAGAGGGAGAAAGGGCAAUUUAGCCAUCUGUGUGAUUAUCCUCCUGUUUAUCCUGGCUGUCAUCAAUUUAAUUAUAACACUUGUUAUCUGGGCUGUGAUUCGCAUUGGACCAAAUGGCUGUGACAGCAUGGAGUUUCAUGAAAGUGGUCUGCUUCGAUUUAAACAAGUAUCUGACAUGGGAGUUAUACAUCCUCUUUAUAAGAGCACAGUAGGAGGAAGGCGAAAUGAAAAUUUAGUCAUCACUGGCAACAACCAGCCUAUUGUUUUUCAGCAAGGGACAACAAAGCUCAGUGUAGAAAAGAACAAAACUUCUAUUACAAGUGACAUUGGCAUGCAGUUUUUCGACCCAAGGACUCAAAAUAUCUUAUUCAGCACAGACUAUGAAACUCAUGAGUUUCAUUUGCCAAGUGGAGUGAAAAGUCUGAAUGUUCAAAAAGCAUCUACUGAAAGGAUUACUAGCAAUGCUACUAGUGACUUAAAUAUAAAAGUUGAUGGGCGUGCUAUUGUCCGUGGAAAUGAAGGCGUGUUCAUUAUGGGCAAAACCAUUGAAUUCCACAUGGGUGGUAAUAUGGAGUUAAAGGCUGAAAACAGCAUCAUCCUGAAUGGAACUGUGAUGGUCAGCACGGCUCGCCUGCCAAGUUCCUCCAGCGGAGACCAGUUUGGUGGUGAUGACUGGGUGCGUUACAAACUCUGUAUGUGCGCUGACGGAAUGCUCUUCAGAGUGCAGGUGACGGGUCAGAACAUGGGCUGCCAGACCUCAGACAACCCCUGUGGAGACCCGUACUAGAAGAACCCAAGAGGACAUCAGUAGAUUCGUAUUGUGACUUAACUUUUUAUCUUUUUAAGAGGAGGCACGCAUAUCAUGUUUUUACGGAGUUUGUGAUAACUCAUAAUUAUUUUAUCUGCAGUGCACUGCGGCAUCUAUUAUGUAGUCUCCAUGUUUAAGAUAGUCUCAGAGAGCCUAAAUUCUAAUACAUUUCAUUGAGUUGCACUGAUCUUCAAUUUACGGUUCUCUAAAAUUAUUGAGAGAAGUGAAUGUAAUCAAAAGUAAUCUUUAAAGAAGUAUUUUUUUAAUGCCACUGUUCCUGUCUAAAGGAUAAAGGGAUGAAGCAACUGUUUAGACUCACUGUAAGUAACUUUUGGUAACUAAUGGGGAUAGACCCACUUAAGAUAUUUAAAGGUACACCAUCAAUAAAUGUUACAUGUUCUGUCUCUUGGCUUCUAAGAGGAAAGAGAGAUUUUUAGUGUAUUACUUUCAACUAUAUUCUCGCAUACAAGUGAGGUCACUAAAGAGCUUCACAUAUGGGAGAUAGUAAGGAACUAAAGGUCCGUCUCGUCACAGCUAUGGUUUUUCCAGUAGUCAUGUAUGGAUGUGAGAGUUGGGCUAUAAAGUUGAAUGCUGAAGAAUUGAUGCUUUUGAACUGUGGUGUUGGAGAAGACUCUUGAGAGUCCCUUGGACUGCAAGGAGAUCCAACCAGUCCAUUCUAAAGGAAAUCAGUCUGAAUAUUCAUUGGAAGGACUGAUGUUGAAGCUGAAACUCCAAUACUUUGGCCACCUAAUGCGAAGAGCUGACUCAUUUGAAAAGACCCUGAUGCUGAGAAAGAUUGAAGGCAGGAGGAGAAGGGGACGACAGAGGAUGAGAUGGUUGGAUGGCAUCACCGACUCAAGGGACAUGAGUUUGAGUAAACUCUGGGAGUUGGUGAUGGACAGGGAGGCCUGGAGUGCUGCAGUCCAUGGGGUCACAAAGAGUUGGACACGACUGAGUGACUGAACUGAACUGAUGGUUCCUUAGUUUUGCACUAGGAAGAAAAUACUCAAGAGAAUGUUCACUCAUUAAAUAUUGAUUUACUUGUUAAAUACUGUGUUCGCAAUGUGGUAGAAAUGAAAGCACCAUCUCAGCUUUAACUAGUAAAUGAUGAUAGCUGUCACUUGUUGAGCAUCUUACACUGCUAGGCAUUGUCCUAAGCAUUGCACAUGUAAUGUCUAGUUCUCACUACAAACUCAAAAGCAGUUGGUAUCCCAGUUGACCCAUUUAGGAAACUGAGGAUUAGAGAAGUUAAGAAACUUGCCUGAGGAAAGAACAGAGUUGAGAUUGGAAUUCAGAUGUGAUUCAAACCUAGAUGGACCUGUUUCUAAAUACCACAUUCUUUUUAUCACUAUUGUACUGGAUUUUUAGGUAUUUAAAACUCUAGAAAGAUGAACAGAGGCUAAUUCAGACUUACCUAUGCAGAUAAGAAUCAAAACAGUUGUGCUACUCUAGAUAAAAGAAAAUCAAUCUCCUGUCAAAUAACUGACCAGUCAAUGUCAGAUUUUAAAGCUUCUUAAGCCAAUUCCCAAAUAUUAUACUACAGAAAGGUCAUAGUUGUGGGUUACCCCCAUUCCCCAACUGGGGUGCCUGAAUGGGUAAAGGGGUUGCCAAGAUAUGUAUACCUCAGCCUUUGGGGUGGCAUAGUGGGAGACCGGGAGGUCAUGUCCCAGGUGAACCCUGCUGGCCAGAGAUGGCUGGUGAGUUUACCCCAGCGAGCCAGACAGAUAUUAACCUUUUUAAUAUGUGCCAAACCUUGAGAAGAGUCAGCAAGCACUGGACUAAAGGGCACUAAUGCAGGAAGUAAUACAAGUAAUUUUUAUGUAAGAUGAGAAUUGAUCUUUGCUUCUAAUGUCAGCACCCAUUGUAAUGAUUUACAACCCUCAAGCCUGUUGGCUUUUAAUGUGUUUCAUAUUUGACUUAAAAGGAAUUCUGGUAUUAUUAACACACAUGCAACAUCAGGAAGAGAGACUUCAAAGUAGUGUACCAUAAAGUAGGCAGCAGAGAUAAACCGUAAUCCCCAUUUUGCAUUUAAUUAUAACAGUAUUCUGCCCUUGACACUUUGAACUAUAUAGAUGAGAAAAUCAGUAUUGUCACAGUCUCUAUGAUGGAAAAACCAAACCAGAAUACAGUAGAGACUGACUUGCCUAUUACUGAGUACAGUUUUUAAGUGAAGAACAAAAGAGAGGAAGUGAAAUUUAUGCCCUCUGGGUAUUGUUAGUUGUAGUGAUAUUCAAAACCCAUAUGAAUAUAUUCAGUUUCAUUUAAUAUCUGAAUGAUAUUCAGAAAAAAUCCAUUGGAAUUUUCAUUCAGCGGCUCAGUAUGUUUGUAAAUUUUACAUUCAUUACAUGUCUGCUUUAUUUAGAUUUGCUUUGCAGUUUUGUUUAGAUAAAUAUUUUUACAAAAACCACAAAACACUAUGUUACAAAGUAUUAUUUAUUGAAUGUAAUUCAUGAAGCAGUCUAUUUUUACUUCUCUCAGAAAUAACUUGUUUUUGAUACAUUUCCAUAAAGUGCUUUGGACAUGAGAGAAUAUUUUGAUAUUUUUAAAGAACUGAUUGUUAAGGUAACAGGUAUAGUAUUUUAGGACACUUUACAGGUAGCUUUUGCUUCUUCAUCGAAACAUAGACCUGGAAAAUUCCCUGGGAAGCAGAACAAGAACAAACCAUCCAUUUUGUGUAACAGGAAAGCCUCAGCUACUCUUUCUUCCCAUCAGAUGGUAUUUUUCUAUAAACUGAAUUCUUAACUCUGCCUCUUCUGAUUCCUCCCCUGCAUCAAGCACUGAUACGACAGGCAACAGACGUAGGGUGAGUAGAGGACAAGUCAGACAAGAUCCCAGGAAAAUGGGGCAUCCCACGCUUGUUUAAAUAACUGUGCUCCUUUAGAGGUAGAUGACGAUGACAAGGGGGACAAAUGAAAUGAAAGCAAGGUAUUUUAGAGGCUGUCUAAUGGGCAGGUAGGAAGAAUGCAAAACAGCACACAGUAGGGACUGUCUAUGUGUUGUCUGUAAUAUUUAAAAAUAUACUUGUGUUCUUUUUGCAUUAUGAAAAAAACAAAUGGUGUAUGAUAGUUUUGAAUGAACAGUGAAAGUUCUACCUACUUUUGAGUGAGUUCUUUAAAAGAAUGAGGAUGUUACGGUGCUAAACUUGACAAAAGAGAGACCAUUGGAAUGCUAAUAAUUUUAGUAACCUCUUUUCAAAGUAUUGAGGGGGCAAAGAUUACAAAUUAUGCCAUAUAAAAAUAAACAUAUAAAUCUGUUUUGAGUUACUAAUUUGACUUUCAGUUGAUUCAGUUUGUAAUAACUAUU